CCACAGCUGAUCCGCGGCGUUAAAACCCGUAGAAGAAGAAGCAGCCGUAGAAGAAGAGCUGGUGUUUCUGAUGACGUUUCUCUGGCGGAGUUUCGUCCCUGAUAAAACUCAUUAAAUCUCGACUGAUCCGGUUUUAACCCGACCGUCAUCAUGGUGCUCGCCGACCUGGGGAGGAAGAUCACCUCCGCUCUGAGGUCCCUCAGCAACGCCACCAUCAUCAAUGAGGAGGUGUUGAACGCCAUGCUGAAGGAGGUGUGUGCUGCUCUGCUGGAGGCCGACGUCAACAUCAAACUGGUCAAACAGCUGAGAGAGAACGUCAAGUCUGCUAUCGACCUGGAGGAGAUGGCAUCAGGUCUGAACAAGAGGAGGAUGAUCCAACACGCCGUCUUCAAGGAGCUGGUCAAGCUCGUGGACCCUGGAGUUAAGGCCUGGACCCCGACCAAAGGAAAGAACAACGUCAUUAUGUUCGUGGGUUUGCAGGGAAGCGGCAAGACCACCACCUGCUCCAAGCUGGCGUACUACUACCAGAAGAAGGGCUGGAAGACGUGUCUGAUCUGUGCCGACACCUUCAGAGCCGGAGCCUUCGACCAGCUCAAGCAAAACGCCACCAAGGCCAGAAUCCCCUUCUACGGCAGUUACACAGAGAUGGACCCCGUGGUGAUCGCCGCUGAGGGCGUGGAGAAGUUUAAAGGGGAGAACUUUGAGAUCAUCAUCGUGGACACAAGUGGACGACACAAGCAGGAGGACUCUCUGUUUGAGGAGAUGCUGCAGGUGUCCAACGCCGUGCAACCAGACAACAUCGUGUACGUGAUGGACGCGUCCAUCGGCCAGGCCUGCGAGGCCCAGGCCAAGGCCUUCAAGGACAAAGUGGACGUGGCCUCGGUCAUCGUCACCAAGCUGGACGGACACGCAAAAGGGGGCGGAGCUCUGAGCGCUGUGGCGGCCACCAGGAGUCCCAUCAUCUUCAUCGGCACCGGGGAACACAUCGACGACUUCGAGCCCUUCAAGACCCAGCCCUUCAUCAGCAAGCUGCUGGGGAUGGGUGACAUCGAGGGUUUGAUUGACAGAGUCAAUGAGUUGAAGUUGGACGACAACGAGGAGCUGAUCGACAAACUGAAACACGGUCAGUUCACCCUCAGAGACAUGUACGAACAGUUCCAGAACAUCAUGAAGAUGGGACCAUUCGGACAAAUCAUGGGGAUGAUUCCAGGCUUCGGCACAGACUUCAUGAGUAAAGGAAACGAACAGGAGUCAAUGGCCAGACUCAAGAAACUGAUGACAAUCAUGGACAGCAUGAACGACCAGGAGCUGGACAGUAAGGACGGGGCCAAGCUGUUCAGUAAGCAGCCCAACAGGAUCCAGAGAGUGUCCAGAGGGUCCGGUGUCUCCACCAGGGACGUCCAGGAGCUCCUCACCCAGUACACCAAGUUCGCCCAGAUGGUCAAGAAGAUGGGGGGCAUCAAGGGCCUGUUCAAGGGAGGAGACAUGUCCAAGAACGUGAACCCGUCUCAGAUGGCAAAACUCAACCAGCAGAUGGCCAAGAUGAUGGACCCCAGAGUCCUGCACCACAUGGGUGGCAUGGCCGGCCUCCAGUCCAUGAUGCGUCAGUUCCAACAGGGCGCCGCUGGCAACAUGAAAGGCAUGAUGGGAUUCAACAACAUGUGACCACCCUCCUCCAAUCAGCUGCC